UUUAUGUUGUAAAUGUGUAGUUAUUUCCAGCUUAAAACCGAGACCAUGAAGAACUCCACUCAGGUUUCAUAUUUCACUCUGGCCGCUUACUUUGAUACCAAGAACUUUAAAUAUUUAUUGUUCAUGAUUAUUGUGAUUUUAUAUGCAAUCAUCAUCUGUGGUAACGUUCUGCUCAUUGUGGUCAUCUGCUGUAACCGAAGUCUCCAUGAACCCAUGUACAUGUUCCUGGUCAGCCUGUUUGUGAACGAGCUGUACGGCAGCACCGGCUUGUUUCCUAUGCUGCUGGUUCAGAUCUUGUCUGAUGUUCACACCGUUUCUGUUCCCCUCAGUUUCCUGCAGGUCUUUUGUGUUCAUACUUAUGGGAGUGUUGAAUUUACUAACUUAGCUGUCAUGUCUUAUGACAGAUAUGCUGCCAUCUGUUUUCCUCUGCAGUACAGCGCACUGAUGACAGUGAAGAAAGUUGCUCUUCUAGUUGCAGCUGCUUGGUUAACAGUUUUUCUUUUAAUAGGUAUCGCAAUAUCUUUGAGUUUCUCUUUGCAGUUCUGUGGGAACGUCAUUGACAAAGUCUACUGUGAUAACUACUCUCUGGUGAAACUUGCAUGCUCUGACACCAAAGUAAACAACAUUUAUGGACUCAUUGUAUCCGCUUUCAUUAUCUGUGCUCCAGUUAUUUUCAUCCUUUACAGCUACAUGAGGAUCCUAAAAGUGUGUUAUUUUGGCUCCAAAGAGACCCGACACAAAGCCGUCAGCACCUGCACGCCUCACCUGGUGUCUCUGAUCAACUUCUCCGUUGGUGCUUUCUUUGAGAUCUUACAGAGCAGGUUUGACAUGAGCAGAGUUCCCAACAUGCUGCGAAUCUUUCUGUCCCUAUACUUUCUGACGUGUCAACCUCUCUUUAACCCCGUACUUUACGGCCUGAAAAUGUCCAAAAUACGUAACCUAUGUAAAAGCCUGAUUCAGCGUUCUGUGGGGGGAAGAAAAUAA